UCCUGGAGCGGGGCGGGACGGAACGGGACUUCACCAGGAGCCCACGCGGCGCGAGGCGCGGUGCGGGGCCUCCUGGCAAGGGGGCGUGGCUCAGGGCGCUGGGUGGCUGGGGGUCUAUCGGAGAGGGCCUUGGCUCAGCAUCAGGCGCGCAUCCUAAGGCGGGGCGGGCGGGGCCUCCCGAAGAGAAAGCGCGGGUCCUGGGGCGGGGCCUCUAGAAGAGAGCGCGGCUGAGCUCGGGGCGAGGCGGGGCCGGCCGCGCGUACUUAAGCAGUCUUGGCGCUUGCGGACGCCCCGCCAUGGCUCUGAGGUGCAUCGUUUCUGUGCUGCGCUUCGGCACUCCCCGCGUCGCCCCACUGUCCACGGCGCCCGUGGCUCGCGAGCAGCCCGUGGCUCGCGAGCAGUCCGCCGCAGGCCGGGAGGCCACUUCAGGAUGCCGGGCGGCCGAAGGUGCGCGACCGCCGUUGCCCGUCGUGGACUUCGGCAACACUCAGGAGGCGUACCGCAGCCGGCGCAGCUGGGAGCUGGCGCGCAGCCUGCUGGUGUUGCGCUUGUGCGCCUCACCUGCGCUGCUGGCGCACCACGAGCAGCUGCUCCAUCUCACCAGGAGACUUCUGGGGCAAAGGCUGUUUGACAAGCUGAUGAAGAUGACCUUCUAUGGGCAGUUUGUGGCUGGUGAGGACCAGGAGUCCAUCCGGCCCCUGAUCCAGCACAACAGGGCCUUUGGCGUGGGCUCCAUCCUGGACUACGGGGUGGAGGAGGAUCUGAGCCCCCAGGAGGCGGAGCACAAGGAGAUGGAGUCCUGUACAUCGGCUGUAGAGAGGGAGGGCAGUGGUACAAGUAAGAGGGAGAAGCAGUACCAGGCCCACCGGGCCUUUGGAGACCGCAGGGAUGGUGUCAUCAGUGCCCGCACCUACUUCUAUGCCAAUGAAGCCAAGUGUGACAGCCACAUGGAGACGUUCUUGCGCUGCAUUGAGGCUUCAGGCAGAGCCAGUGAUGAUGGCUUCUCAGCCAUCAAGCUCACCGCACUGGGGAGACCCCAGUUUCUGCUGCAGUUCUCAGACGUGCUGACCAAGUGGAGACGAUUCUUUCACCAAAUGGCUGCAGAGCAAGGGAAGGCUGGGCUGGCUGCCAUGGACAUGAAGCUGGAGGUGGCAGUGCUACAGGAAAGUGUGGCAAAGAUGGGCAUCGCAUCCAGGACGGAGAUUGAGAGCUGGUUCACUGCGGAGACCUUGGGCGUGUCUGGCACUCUGGACCUACUGGACUGGAGCAGCCUCAUCGACAGCAGGACUGAGCUCUCUAAGCACCUGGUGGUCCCUAACAUGCAGACAGGACAGCUGGAGCCUCUCCUGUCACAGUUCACUGAGGAGGAAGAGCGGCAGAUGACGAGGAUGCUGCAAAGAAUGGACAUCCUGGCCAAGAAAGCCACCGAGGUGGGCGUGCGGCUGAUGGUGGAUGCCGAGCAGACCUACUUCCAGCCAGCCAUCAGCCGCCUGACACUGGAAAUGCAGCGCAAGUUCAACAUAGAGAAGCCGCUCAUCUUCAACACAUACCAGUGCUACCUCAAGGACGCCUAUGACAACAUCACCCUGGAUGUGGAGCUGGCUCGCCGUGAGGGCUGGUGCUUUGGGGCCAAGCUGGUGCGGGGUGCAUAUAUGGCCCAGGAACGCGCCCGUGCCGCGGAGAUUGGCUAUGAGGACCCCAUUAACCCUACGUACGAAGCCACUCAUGCCAUGUAUCACAGGUGCCUCAAUUAUGUCCUGGAGGAGCUGAAGCACAAUGCCAAGGCCAAAGUGAUGGUGGCCUCUCACAAUGAGGACACAGUUCGCUUCACGCUGCACAGCAGUUGCAGCUAUCAGGGUGGGGAUGUGAGUGCUGAGGCCACCAGUGCCACCCAGGCCGAGUAUAGACUGUGGUAAGUCUCCCUCCUGAGAGUCCCUGCCAGGAUCAGGGUCUGGCUGUAUCUGUGGGAUUGGUGAGGGGCUGAGUGGAGUCCUAGCUAGACAGGACUGCUCCACCUUCUUCCCUCCAUCCCUGGGGACUUCCCAGCUGCUCAUUUACUGCCUUGGAUGCCCUAGCCUUGUGACUGGAUGUCAGAGAGCCAGGGGUACCUUUUGUGCUUGGUGAAAAAAAAAGAAAAAAAAUUCUGGUUUGACUUUUAAAACAGAUGGUUUAAGUGGCAAAUCUUAAAACCUGGUUUUCUCUUAGACUUAAAAAAUAUUCUGUUACUCCGUGAUGGAAACUUGAUCAUCCACUAGAUGAUGUAUACAAAGAGCCUCCCUGUGCCCCUGGCCUGGCACUUGGGAACCUGCACCCCUACACAAGUGGCAGGCCCACAGGGUCAGUGAUGUACAAGUGGCAUCUUCUUAGGUUUCAGUUAUGAGCCCAGCAGGCUUUGCCUGACCACUCCCAUUUUAGGUAGGGGUCACAGGUAGGUCACUCACCAGCUAGACAGAAAAGAGUGAAAGUUCUAAAGGUAUAACCUGCCCUCAGAAGGGCUUCCUCUCUUCUGCUUUCUGAAUCUUCCCGCCGAGAAUAAGCCUGUUCUCAGCAUCUUAGCCAGGGAGGCUCCUGCCCUGGACGUGGCUUCCUUUGUCUGAAGUGCCAGCUGAGUGCGCUCUCCUUUCUCAUAGCCCCCAGGGCCCGUGCCACGCUCCACAAAUACUAUCAUGGAGAAGGCUUGGCUCCUGCAGGACAUGAUUCUGUGUUCCUGCACUGGGAGCUGGGGAGCCCAUGGCAGCUUGGGCUUACUUUCCCUGACGAAGUAGUGUGGGUCUCUGAUGCCACAUCAGGGAGCUCAGACAGCCUGUGUAAGCUUUGGCUGAGUGGCAAGCCAACCCAGAACUCAAGAGGCCUGGACAACAGCAUGUUCUGUGGGCCAGCAGUGUUGGCUGGGUUCAGCUGGGGACUGCUUCUGCUGGCCCUGCCCCGAGAUCUGACUUGUAUCUGUGGUCAGCUAAGGCCUGACUGGACCUAAAUGGCUUCAUUCAUGGCUGGGGCAGCAAAGGGACUGCAUCACAUCUAGUUUCCUAUAGGCCAGUGCAGGCUUUGCCACAUGGUGGUCUCAGGCUUCCAGAAGCCCUGAGAGGGCAAGCCUUUGCCCACAUCACAUUUGUUCUUCUCUUUUU